GCAUCGCAGUUAAACGAAUUUUGUAUCUAUUAGAUCGCAUAUAUUAUUAUUUUAUCAUAUCUCUUUUUAUAUUGAUGUGAUGUAUUGUAUUUUUAUUAUAAUAUCAUUUAAAUAUUGUGACCAUUAACCGCCAAAACAUGUAUUUGGAACAUCUUCAUUUUACAAUGGCUUCUCAUAAGAAAAUAUUGCUUAAAGUCAUUAUUCUUGGGGAUUCUGGAGUUGGUAAAACUUCUCUUAUGAAUCAGUAUGUAAGCAAAAAAUUUAGCAAUCAAUAUAAAGCUACUAUAGGUGCAGAUUUUCUUACCAAAGAAGUAAUGGUAGAUGAUAGGAUAGUUACUAUGCAGAUUUGGGAUACAGCUGGUCAAGAAAGGUUUCAAUCUUUAGGCGUUGCUUUCUACAGAGGUGCUGAUUGUUGUGUACUUGUAUUUGAUGUUUCUGCACCAAGUAGCUUUAAAUCUUUAGACUCUUGGAGAGAUGAAUUUUUGAUUCAAGCUUCUCCUCGAGAUCCAGAUAAUUUUCCAUUUGUAGUACUUGGAAAUAAAGUUGAUUUGGAAACCAAAGUGAUUCAUGGUAAAAAAGCACAACAAUGGUGUCAAUCUAAAAAUAAUAUUCCAUAUUUUGAAACUAGUGCUAAAGAAGCCAUUAAUGUUGAACAAGCUUUCCAAACGAUAGCAAAGAAUGCUUUAGCUCAAGAAAGCGAAGUGGAAUUAUAUAAUGAAUUCCCAGACCAAAUUAAGUUGACGAAUGAUCAACGAAACAAUGGCAAAGGUGAUUCUUGUGCCUGCUAGGUCUUUGAGUGAUGGAAAUUUUGGAUAAGCACAUAGAUGCACAGGUCAGAUCGUACAUUCGCGUACCUGCGCAUUUUAAAAAAUACUAUAUCGAGCUUGAUGUGUUUGGAAGUCCUAAGUAUGCACCUUGGUUUUCUUUAUUCAAUUUUUCAUUAAGAUAUUUUUAAAGCAUAUUUAUAGUAUUGGAACUUUUUUUAUUGAAAUUAUGUGAAAUAUUGUGGAAAAAUAUAUGUAUAUAAAAAAGUUUAUAAGCAAUGCAUUUUAAACAAUAAAAUUAGAAAAAUUUUGUACCAAGGAGCAUUCAUUGGCUUCAUUACAUGAAAGACUAUAUUGUAUUUUAUAUUGUGUAUUUGUGUUGAUAUUUCACUUAUCCAGCAAUAUUUCAACACAUUAUUUCCAAAAAUUGUAAUGCUCUCUUAUUGGGUAUAGCGAACAGUAUGAGCUGCCCUUUUAAAUUGCAUCUUUACAGCUCAUUGUUGAUGUUCUUCAUUGUGGAAUGAUACUACGAUGUUUAUGAAUCAUAUAGGCAUAAUUUAUAUCGGGAGGAAAAUUUAUGGGUUGGGAACACACUUAGCAUAACAAUUAGAUCAUUAUAAAUUUGCUCAUGAUUCAAUCACAUUUAUUGAAAAGUUCUAGAAAUAUUUGUGAAUAUAUUUGAUUAUUUCUAAAAUCUAAUUUUUAUUGUCAAAUAAAAUGAAAAUUUUAUUAUUAUUCAACAUAAUAUAUUUCAAAUACAUAUAUAAAUAAUUUUAUAAAAUAAUGGAUUUUUAUUAAAAUAUUGUAAUUAUUUAAUUACCUCUGAAUUUCUUCAAUAAUCUAAAUCUUGCUAAUUGUUAUGUUGAUCAAGAUAUUCUUAUCUUCAAAAAAUAACUCAUAUUUUUUGCAUAAAUUUAAAUAAUAUUGAGUUUGUUUAAUAAAAUUAAUGCGUAUUUCCUGAUAUUUCACGAUCAUCUUAAUCUCAAAAGGCUAGUGCGUUUUCAAGAAAAAAAAUUCCUUUCUUAAAAAAUCUCAAUAAUUAUAAUAUAAUUUGUCAUUUGAUAUUCUCAAUCCACUUAUAAUAUUUACAUACUAAUAUUUUCAUGUAUAUUUAAAUUCCUCCCUGAAGUGAAAGUUUUGAUGCCGCGAUGCAAUAAUUUUUUAAUUUUUUAUUGUAUCCUUUAAAAAUGAUUUAGAUAUAUUCAUGAACUUUAUUAAAUAUUAUUUAAAAAAACAAAGAUUUUGUUAAAAAAUUA